GAGGCAGAAGAGCCAGAAAAGCUGAAGAGGGAGGAAGGAGAGCUGCGGAAAGGUGAAAGUGGCCAGGUGGCUGAGGGAGAGUCGGCCCCUGGGACUUGCUGGCUGGGACUCUCUUAGGGGGUGAGGGCUGGCCGCCAGGGUCUGGAAACAGACUCGCAUUUCUGGAAGCCGCUUUAUCCCGGACUCCUGUCCCUCCUGGCAGCUUUGUGCCAGGCCCUGGGUACAUUUAUUGUCUGUCUGGAGCCCCACGGUUGCCCCGGAGGAAGAACUGGAAACAGCAUGUAUACGCACCUCCCCCAGAGCGGCUCUCCGUUCCCAGCGUCGGUGCAGGAUCCCGGCCUGCAUGUCUGGCGGGUGGAAAAGCUGAAGCCAGUGCCGGUGGCGCGUGAGAACCAGGGCGUCUUCUUCUCGGGGGACUCCUACCUAGUGCUGCACAACGGCCCGGAGGAGCUGUCCCACCUGCACCUGUGGAUAGGCCAGCAGUCCUCCCGGGAUGAGCAGGGGGCCUGUGCCGUGCUGGCGGUGCAUCUCAACACCCUGCUCGGGGAGCGGCCCGUGCAGCACCGAGAGGUGCAGGGCAAUGAGUCCGACCUCUUCAUGAGCUACUUCCCGCGGGGCCUCCAGUACCAGGAAGGCGGAGUGGAGUCAGCGUUUCACAAGACCUCUCCCGGGACCGGUCCAGCUGCCAUCAAGAAGCUCUACCAGGUGAAGGGGAAGAAGAACAUCCGUGCCACCGAGCGGCCGCUGAGCUGGGACAGCUUCAACACCGGGGACUGCUUCAUCCUGGACCUGGGCCAGAACAUCUUCGCCUGGUGUGGUGGAAAGUCCAACAUCCUGGAGCGCAACAAGGCACGGGACCUGGCCCUGGCCAUCAGGGACAGUGAGCGACAGGGCAAGGCCCAGGUGGAGAUUGUCACUGAUGGGGAAGAGCCCGCUGAGAUGAUCCAGGUCCUGGGUCCCAAGCCUGCUCUGAAGGAGGGGAAUCCUGAGGAAGACCUCACGGCUGACCGGACAAACGCCCAGGCCGCAGCUCUAUAUAAGGUCUCCGACGCCACUGGACAGAUGAACCUGACCAAGGUGGCCGACUCCAGUCCCUUUGCCCUUGAGCUGCUGCUAUCUGAUGACUGCUUCGUGCUGGACAAUGGGCUCUGUGGCAAGAUCUACAUCUGGAAGGGGCGAAAAGCUAACGAGAAGGAGCGGCAGGCAGCUCUCCGGGUGGCAGAGGACUUCAUCUCUCGCAUGCGCUAUGCCCCCGACACUCAGGUGGAGAUUCUGCCCCAGGGCCGCGAGAGUCCCAUCUUCAAGCAAUUCUUCAAGGACUGGAAAUGAGGGUGGGUGUCUCCCGGCCCCUGGCCUCCUGCCUGCUUUCUCCUGCUCUGGCUGCCCGGUCGGUGCUGAGGUGCCCCUGAGGAUGUUCAAUAAAGGAGACAAGUGCUUCCCCA